UACAAUGUUGCCAUGGCGAUGCAGCGCUGCUUCGCUACGAUUCAAAAACGUGCUUGCAGACACUUUAGGUCCACUGCGGACUCCGUGGCCGGCCUCGCCAAAGCCAAGGAGAAAAUCGAUGGCCAAAGUGCUAGCUGGGUGUCCGUGCUGAAGUCGGCCGUUCCGUUCCUUCUGACGGCAGGAGCAGGCACAGCUACUUGGGCCUUCUACGAUGGCCUUUGGGUGCCUCUGCUCCGUGAUGGGCAAACGGCCUCAGAGGUGGAACUGAUCUCCAAAGGACUAUUGCCUGAAAGCUUGAUCUGCUGGGCGGCUGAGCGGCUCAUAGCCAAGGAGGUGGUGGUGCUGGAUGGUGUUGUGCCUCCUGAACAGCUUAGAAAGAUCCAGGAGGAACUGCAGUUGCUGGCCUCGAGACCUGGGGCAUUGCAGCCAAAUCCAAAGAUGAAGGCAGGAAACAUGCAGAUUCGAACCGACCGUGUUUGCUACUUGCGCGAUCCUUCAUCCUUCGUGCCGCUGGAGACCGGAGGUCCAGCUUUGUGCGGUCCCGAACUUCGCUGGUGCCACCGCCGUCUCCGAAGCACGGCGGCGCAACUAGAGCGAGGCUAUGCAGCGGCGGGCUCUGAGCGUAACUUUUUAGUCACUGCUUGGACACAGUUGGCCCAGUACACCGAAGGCAGUGGUUUCUACAAGUGGCACACAGAUGGCCUCGACGGAAGUUGGUCUGGCAUUUUGGGAUGGUAUUUUUGGCUCCAGCGAGGUGCUGUGAGGCGGCGGUCAGUGACCGGCAUUUUGUAUCUCAACGAGGAGGACUGGCCAAAGAGUGCCGGUGGUGCCCUCCGUUGCAAAGCCCAUGCCGCUGUCCACCGGGGCCCAGUGGAGAGCCAUCCUCCCAUAACGGAGAUCCUGCCGAAGGGAGGGCGCUUGGUACUGUUUGACAGCCACUCCGUGGAACAUGAGGUUGUGUCCACCAAUCGGGAUCGAUGGGCUUUGACAGAUCCUUGUCUGAUGUCGUCGAGUGGCUCCAUCCUGAAGUACAUUCUCCGGCCCGGAAUUUUGAACUGCCAACCCAAGUGCGCAAAUUUUCGCGCUGCAACUGUACCAUAUUAUACCAAGUUUCAGGCCGCAGUUUUGCUCUCCUUGUGCUGCCUGCUUUCCUUUCUUCGGGAUCUCAGAAUGCUCGCUGUCUUGUCUGUUGUGGCUUUCGACAUCCAAGGCUUGGUUUCAUGAAUGAUGUGAAGUUGGCAAAGCACUG